AUGUCCAAAAAGGAUGAAGCUGAGAAAGCCAUCUUGGAAAUUUUCAAGAAAGUGCAAGUUAACAUUCCUCUCCUUGAGGCCAUAAAGCAAGUUCCCAAGUACGCUAAGUUUUUGAAGGAGCUUUGUACCACAAGGAGACAAAACUAUGAGAAAGAAGUGGUGAAGAUAAGUGAGAAUGUCUCAGCUGUGCUUCAACGCAAAAUUCCUAAGAAGUGUAAGGAUCCAGCGAGUUUUUCUAUCCAUUGUGUUGGUGAGCUUAUCUUUCCAGCUGAUUUCUAUGUGUUGGAAAUAGAGGAAUCCUCUUCUUGUUCAAUGCCAUUGUUUCUAGGUCGCCCUUUCAUGAGGAUGGCUAAGACCAAAAUUGAUGUGUACUCUGGCUCUUUAACAAUGGAAUUUGAUGGAGAAGUUGUUGGCUUCAACAUCUUUGAAGCUAUUAGGUAUCCUUUAGUUGAUUUGCCUACAUGCUUUUCUAUUGGUAUACUUGUUGAUCUUGCGCAUAAAUUCAUGGAGAUUAUGGAUGAGGAUACUAUGGCUUCUACCAUUGCAAAUGGCGUUGGAUUCACCAUGGUUGGUGCCACCAUCCCUAAGGAAGAGCUCACAUAUUCCAAUGAUGGAGCCAUCAUUGAACAUGUUGCUUCUCUUGAGGCAACACCAUUUGUUUCAAGGUAUGUUUCUCCUUUGUCCAUUCCCAUUUCAACUGAUAAACAUCUACCUUUAGUGAUUCAAGCACCUACUUUAGAACUUAAGCAACUCCCAGAUCACUUGAAGUUUGCUUAUUUGGGAGACAAGGAAACGUUACCUUUGAUUAUAUCAUCAUCAUUGACACCAACUCAAGAAAGAAAGCUUGUGGAUAUGCUCAAGGAACACAAGACUGCAAUUGGUUGGACUUUAGUUGACAUCAAGGGAAUUAGCCCCACCACUUGUGUUCACAGGGUUUUGCUUGAGGAAGGAGCUAAGCCUACUAGAGAGGCCCAGAGACGUCUAAAUCCAGCUAUGAUUGAGGUUGUGAAGAAGAAGGUUGUGCCAAAGAAGUUUGGGAUCAUAGUUGUUAAGAAUGCAGGGAACGAGUUGGUACCUCAGAGAAUUGUAACUAGACAUCGAGUUUGCAUUGACUAUAGGAAGCUCAAUGCCACCACUAGAAAGGAUCACUUUCCUUUGCCCUCCAUUGAUAAGAUGCUUGAGAGAUUCGCUGGCCAUGAGUUUUAUUGCUUUUUAGAUGGUUAUCAUGGUUACUAUCAAAUCGCCAUUGCUAAUGAGAUUCAAGAGAAAACUACUUUCACUUGUCCUUUUGGGACAUUUGCCUAUAAACGUAUGCCUUUUGGACUUUGCAACGCCCCAGGUUUCCACAGGCGCUUUAUCAAUGACUUUUCCAAGAUUUCUAGACCUCUAUGUCGUUUGCUCCAAAAGAAUGUGGCGUUUGAGUUCAAUGAGGAUUGCAAGAAGGCGUUCAACACUUUGAAGGAGCUCUUGACUUCUGCCCUAAUCAUGCUUCCUCCAAAUUGGUCUCUGCCCUUUGAGAUCACGUGUGACGCCUCAGAUUAUGUAGUUGGAGCUGUGCUUGACCAAAGAAAAGAAAAGAAGCCACACGCCAUCUACUAUGCUUCUAGAACCCUUAAUGAUGUUCAACUCAAUUAUUCUACAACUGAAAAAGAAUUAUUAGCUGUUGUUUUUGCCUUAGAAAAAUUUUGA